ACAAUAAUACGACAGCGUAUUGUAGGUUAAUAAAUAAAUGAAACCGUAGACUCGUUAGGAGGGUAAUAUUCAGAGAAAAUAACUCAAUCCUAUGAGAUCAAUGUGGUAAAUUUACAAGAAAAAAAACUUGAAUAUUCUCUCAGAUUAUUAAGUCAUAAAUUUAUGAGGCAAAACUCUUAAAAAUAGUGAAAAAUAACCACAAAGUAACAUCGGAAUAAACAUAGUAAGAGAAGAGAAGAUAUAAAAAGAUAUGUAGAAUACAUCUGUUAUUUUAAGAUAAGAGAAGCUGAACAGUGUUUGAAACAAAGAGGCUCGAAGGUGCAAAUGGUCACAGUAUGAAGUAUAACGAAUACGUGCAACUUGCAAAGAUAAUAACUCAAACUAUUGUGUGCUAUUGUAACGCAUUGAGUCUAAUGUAGAACAUUUUAUGGUUAGAGGAGAGCUGUAACUGUCCAACUCUACUCACAGUUUCUGUUCAGUUCGAUAUAUCCGGGAUCCUCGACGGUUUUUGCAAAUUGCUCCGCAGCACCGACACUAAACAGUCAGUCAUGUUUUAAAUGAAUGAUCAGGUCGAGUGUCAGUCUGUGCUGCCGCUCCAGUCGGAGAGGAAGAGAUAAACAGCAAUGAGAGAAGAGGAGUGAAGAUUUGUGGGGAAAUCAACACAAAAACAGAAGAAGACAGAAGACGGAGAGCUCCGAUAGAUCAAAGGCCACAAUAAUGAAUAUUCAGCACAUUCUUCACAGAGUCACAUCCCAGAUGCUUUAUUCAUGGCGCUUCACGCCUCCUCCCUCGCUUGUUGUAGCUCCUUGUCGUGAGCGAUAGCUCUAUAGUGCCUCCUAGUGGCUCAUAGAAGGUGUUUAAAAUCACUAGUCUUCUUCCACCCUGCAGGACUCAGUUGAAAUAAUGUAUUUUAAUGUAUAUUCAGACAAUGCUGCUCAGGAGGUCCUGGAAACGAUCCACUAAGCAGCAGCAGUCACUGCGUCUCUCAGAGCUUCAUCGGAAAUUGCAGCUCUGGCGAGGCAUCGUCAGCAUUGCGCUGAUCGAGGGCCGGGACCUGAUCCCCAUGGACUCCAACGGUCUGAGCGACCCGUACGUCAAGUUCAGGCUGGGACCCCAGAAGUACCGGAGCAAGACGGUGCCAAAGACCCUGAGCCCUCAGUGGAGGGAGCAGUUUGACCUCCAUAUGUAUGAGGAGACCGGGGGGGUGUUGGAGAUCACAGUGUGGGACAAAGACACCGGGAUGAGAGACGACUUCAUCGGAAGGUGCCAGUUGGACCUCUCCACUCUGUCUAAGGAGCGGACCCACCACCUGGAGCUGGCUCUGGAGGAGUCCCGGGGCCUCCUGGUGCUGCUGGUCACGCUGACCGCCUCGGCUCACGUCUCCAUCGCCGACCUGUCCGUCACGCCGCUGGACGACCCGCAGGAGCGCCGGGAGAUAUUCCAACGCUACAGCACGUUGAAGUCGUUCUCUAACCUCAAAGACGUCGGCAUCGUGCAGGUGAAGGUGAUGAGAGCUGAAGGACUCAUGGUGGCAGACGUAACGGGUAAAAGCGAUCCGUUCUGUGUGCUGGAGCUGAAUAAUGACCGACUACAGACUCACACGGUCUACAAGAACCUGAAUCCAGAGUGGAACAAAGUCUUCACCUUGUGAGUCCACGUUCCUCCGCCUCUCUCUCAGUCCUCAGAAAUACUCCGUGUUACGUUCAUUGUACUCUAAAUACUUCUGUGUGUACAUAUCUUAGUACCACUCAUUGGUUCUUAUGCACUUUAUUCAUCCUCAUGUCUUUGAAAUGACGUUCAAGUUGCUUUUAAUCAAAUAUGAUCCAAAUAAAUACUUGAUGGCGAUGCUUAGUAUUAACUAGGAUUUU